GGGCCGCCCCGCCAUGGCGGCGCUGCGGGGCUCGGCGCGCCGGGGCUGGGUGCGCUGCCCGCAGCCCGCGGCCCUGGCGGCGGCCGCGGCCGUGGCCGUCUGCGCCUUCUACUACCUGGGCGGCGGCGGCGAGACCUUCUCCAGCGCCACCCGCCGCCUGCGCGCCACGCCGCCCGCCCCGGCCGGCCCGGGGCCCCGCGGGCUGCACCUCCUCUUCAUGUUCACCAAGGCGGAGCGCAGCCCCGCGCUCCGCGACAAGGCGCAGGCGGCGCUGCGCUCGCUGCUGCGGCACGGCCGCCUGGGCGCCGCCGAUGUGCUGCACCUCCACCUCGUCACCGAGGGCGCCAGCCGGGACAUCGGCCUCGGGCUGCUGCGGGACCUGCUGCGCGGCGCCGCCUUCCGCCACCAGGUAAUAGUCCACGAUGUGAAUGAGCUGACAGAAAAGCUGUUUCCCAUCGUUGAGGCCAUGCAGAGACACUUCAGCGCUGGAUCGGGGACCUACUACAGUGACUCCAUCUUCUUCCUGUCAGUUGCAAUGCAUCGCAUCAUGCCCAAAGAAAUAACACAGAUCAUCCAGGUAGACUUGGACUUGAAGUACAAGACCAACAUCCGAGACCUGUUUGAUGAGUUUGACAACUUCCCGGAGGGAGCAGUUGUUGGGAUUGCCAGGGAAAUGCAACCAGUGUACAGGCACACCUUCUGGCAGUAUCGCCGUGAGAACCCCCAAACCAAAGUGGGGGAGCCCCCUCCUGAUGGGCUGCCAGGCUUCAACAGUGGUGUCCUGCUCCUGAACCUGGAAGCCAUGAGGCAAUCCAAGCUCUACAACCAGCUGCUGGAGCCCACCAUGGUGCAGAAGCUGACGGAGAAGUACCACUUCAAGGGCCACCUUGGGGACCAGGAUUUCUUCACUAUGGUGGGGAUGGAGCACCCAGAGCUUUUCCAUGUGCUUGACUGCACGUGGAACCGGCAGCUUUGCACAUGGUGGAGGGAUCAUGGAUACAGCGACGUGUUUGACCAGUACUUCCAGUGUGAGGGGGAGGUCAAAAUUUACCAUGGGAACUGCAACACCCCAAUCCCUGAAGACUGAGGCACCCACUGGCCCCAGGAGCAGCUCUGACUGCAGCAAGACCUGCAAAGCCAUAGUGGCUGUGCUAACAGUCCCUCAGGAGGAGUGACCAGCUCUGAUCCAGCACAUCCUGGGGGGAUCUAGGGAUCCCAAGAGCAUUCAGUAUCCCACUGCCUGUAGCCUCACCCUCCAAGAGGAAGGGCAGUUCAGUUGUUGGAACGGGACAUCCAGAGCCACUUUGUCCAGGGCUCAGCUCCUGGCUCUAAAGUCCACGUUGCCCAUCUGUGCCUCAGCUGCUGGGGCAUGGGGACAGCUGAGGGGCCAUCAGAGACUGCUGCUUUUGCACUUGUCAGGGUCCAGCUCCCUGGGUGCUGCGCAGCUUUGCCUUGUCUGAUGGUCAGCAGGAGUCCCCAGCAGGCAGUUGGUUUCAUUUGUCAUUCCUCGGUGGCCCAUUUCUGCACCUCAUGCAGAGCAUUGGUCUGGUCCCUCUGGAGAGUAGACACUGUCCUCAGGUCAUCUUCCUUUUGAAGCAUUCCAGAAAGGCGAGAAGGCUUUAAAGACUGAAAAGCUGCUUUAAAUUGGGUUACUUACAAACAAAACUUGAAUGCUGGAUGAGCUUUAAAGCCUUUCAUUGGUUCUUCUUAGCAAUAAAAGCUUUACUGCCCUGUGUUGUCCUAGAAGUGUUCAGUGAGUGUGUAGCAAUAGGUUCAUUUUCCUGGCUUUGCCUUUAACCUUUCAUACGAGAAUAAAGCUGCAGAUGUCAGACA